CAUUCUUAUUCUUAAGUGAUCGUUACGAAAAUAAUUUGCAGCUUAUUGUUGGUCCAAAAUGACGCAUCUCAACAAUAAUGUUUCCGUUGUAAUAAGAUACGCAAAUAUUUGUGGUUCUUCUAGGACAGUAAUGGACUGUACUUCACAAAGAUUCUAACAACUCGUCCCACAAAUGGUUCAAUUUUCAUCCAGUGAAAUCAAUGCACGCGUAUUUUACGUUCGAAAACGAGAGUGACCUUCGCUCGAGACUGGCUCGCACUAUCUGUUGCCUCACGCAAUCGUUCGUUCUUUUCUUGCCCUUGGUCGUGGAAACAUUGCUACGGUUUCCAGCAACGGUUUAACGGCGUGCAUCGGAAAGAGAUAGUGACGGGGGGAUAGCUUGCUUUUAGCUCCAUGGCGGCUCCAUUGCGCCGCCACGUGUAAAUGAAUGUGUGCGUGCACGGGUGGUACGCACACCGUGGCAUGUUUGUUUACCAGCCUGUGAGAUUCUUUCAGCUUCCUCCCCCUUCUUUGCAAUCGGUAUCCACCCUUUAACCCACUGAACACGAUGGCAUCAUUUAUGGGGCAAAAUGUGGGGAGCAUGUAUUUGUGUGAUCGGGUUGGAGCAUUGUCGUACCGUUGUCGUGGUGGAACCGAUCGUUGAUCGUGGAUCAUAAAGAGGGGACACUGUUUAUGAUCGCACUAUUUCUGCGUUCAGUGUCGUAUUUUAAUCGAUCGCAGGUUGUGAAGUCAUCCGACGCGAGAAUAAGCGUCCAGAAAUCAUGCCCUCUUAAACGAUAAUAUCGGUCCUCCGUGUGUGUUUUCUUAAAAGGUAUCAACGGGUAGUGCUAAUUUAAUGUUUUGUAAUAUGCUCACUGGUCAAGAUAAUAGUUGCUAACGAGUUGGGGAAACGAUGCUUACCAUCCGGUGACCCGAGCUCAAGCUACGUGUCAAAGUGUUUUCAAGUGCCGUGUUUUUGCAAGACGAUCGUGCGAUAUUUGCAAAUCGGAAAUAACCCGACACGCUUGGUGGAAGCUUCUGCCAAAACGGGAAUUAAUAACACACCCUUCAGUCAUCAUCUACCGGUGAGUCAUGGAACGAAUAUUGCGUGGCGUUAUGCGUUACCGGCAUACGACCCGCGAGCAAAUGGUGCAGGAAUUCCGGAAAGUCCGUGACAAUCCACAGCCAAAAGCCGUCUUUUUCACCUGUAUGGACAGUCGAAUGAUACCGACCAGGUUCACGGAGACACACGUCGGCGAUAUGUUUGUGGUUCGAAAUGCGGGCAAUCUCGUGCCACAUGCCGAACACUUUCAGGACGAGUAUUUUAGCUGCGAACCAGCGGCCUUGGAGUUGGGGUGUGUCGUUAACAACAUUAAGCACAUCAUUGUGUGUGGCCACAGUGAUUGCAAGGCGAUGAAUUUACUAUACCAGCUAAAGGAUCCGGAGUUUUCUUCACUGAAAAACCGGCGCAUAUCUCCACUGAGAGCGUGGCUGUGCGAGCACGCCAAUACCAGUCUGGCCAAGUUUCAAAAUCUCAAGGAAAUCGGUCUAGACAAACCGCUGAUCUUUUCUUCUGAAACACCACUCCGCAAGUUUGUCGCAUACAUCGAUCCGGAAAACAAUUUCGCGAUCGAGGAUAAACUAUCGCAAGUUAACACACUGCAGCAAAUAGAGAACGUGGCGUCGUACGGUUUUCUGAAGCGCCGGCUCGAAUCACACGAUCUGCACAUUCAUGCGCUCUGGUUCGAUAUCUACACCGGGGACAUUUAUUUCUUUAGCCGCAACUCGAAGCGUUUCAUUGCGAUCGAUGAAAGCUCGAUCGAACGGUUACUGGACGAGGUACGGCGGUACUAUUCGUGAUUAAGCAUUUUGGUGUGUUCCUGGGGAGAGUUGUGUCUGUUUAGAUAGUAUGUAUAGAUGUGCUAUACGGGUUGAAUGAUAACGCUUUUGUGUCGAGAGGGGUUUUUUUAAAUUUUGUUUUGCUGAAGGAUUGGAUGGUCCUUUCUUAGUUUGUAGUAAUUGGGCUAGCCAAGUUAGAAAGUGAAUCGUGAUUGUAAAACAUGUGAAUGUUAUGACAGUAUGCGUUUAGUCGAGUUAAAUGUGCAAUGUAUAAAAUAUAUCCGCUUAGUUAAGUGUUUUGUAAAAAAAAAACAAAAAAAUAUUUGAAAUAUUUUUUUCCAUUCAGAUUCACUGAUUACAACCAAAUUGUUAUUGUUCAUUUAAAGGUACGGGAAUAAGAGAGAAACCUUUAAAAGUACAGCAACACAGCAGAAGAAUGGAGAAUAAAAGUUUGUAUAGUUUUAUAGUCACAUUAAACUUCAAAUAAAGUAAAUUACAUUGUAGAGCUUCUA